GGCAAUCUGCAGCAUGAAAUGACAGCCGGGACCGUGGUGGAGAUGAGCAACCUAAAGAAUGGCGCAGACAGGGAUGCAGCGGUCCAGGAGCGAAUUGACGCAGCUGCGCGCCUGAACGCGCUCCUGUGCGCCGAGGUAGAGCGGCACAUCUCCACGCUAGACCGGACGGAACAUGAGCGGGAUGCAUGGGCAGCGCAUGCCAAGGGCCUUGCGCAGAAGCUGGUUCAGGCGCGCAAGGAUAUCGCUCGCCUCGAGCGCGCGCUUGCUGUCGCUGGGACCCCAGCGCCACCGGCCUCCAACGCGGCGACGGAAAACGCAGACGAGGACGCCCGCCAGGUCGCGGAGCUUUUGCAGCUAGAGGCGACGGCGGUGGCGCUGGCGGGGCCAGGGCCGGCCGGCGGCAGCAAGGCCGCGGAGCGGCGAGCCGCAGCGGCCGCGUUGUAUCCGGCCUCAGUUCUCUCGGCGACGGCGGAGACGCGGACGGCAAUGGCCGCCGAGGCGGCGGCCGCGGCCGUGGCAGGGUCCGACGGCAGUGCCUUCGCCUCUUCGGCGCCAGCGGCGACGACAGCCGGGUCCGCGACGGCAGGCGAGGGCGCGGGGCCGGUGCCGGAGCAGGUGCCCAUCAGCCCAACCCCCAACCAGCAGCGGGUGCUGGAGGCGCUGGUACGGCGAGGCCAGGCCAUGGGAUGGAUCAUUGACCAGAGCGAGGUGGCGCUGGGGCCGGUGCUGGGCGAGGGCGAGUUCGGAGUGACUUACCUGGGCACGUGGCGGCACGCCAGUGUGGCGGUGAAGAUUGUGCGGCUGCGGCACGCCGCCGAGCUCACCAGCUUCCUGCGCGAGGUUGAGACCAUGUCGUACAUCCGGCACCCCAACGUGGUCCCCUUCUUGGGCGCCUGCCUGUCGGGCACGGACAAGCUGAGCCUGGUGACCGAGUAUAUGACGGGCGGCACUCUGGCUGACUGGCUGCACCCGGGCGGCAUGCCGGCGCCAGGCUCCUCCAGCGGCACCCUCACGCAGCCGGUGCGGCCGCUGCUGGAGCGGCUCAAAAUGGCGCACCAGGUGGCUCUGGGCAUGUGCCCGCUGGAGGCCUGCCGGCCGUCCAUACUGCACCGCGACCUCAAAGCCGCCAACGUCUACCUAGACAACAAGGGCGUGGCACGGGUGGGUGACUUCGGCCUGAGCCGGCGGCUGUUGGAGGAGGCACGCGCCUCACUCACGGGCGAGACCGGCACCUACCUGUACAUGGCGCCCGAGGUGAUGAGGCACGAGGUGUACGACAGCAAGGCGGACGUAUGGAGCUGGGGUGUGCUGCUGAGCGAGUGUAUCACGUGCGCCAUGCCGUACGGCCACACGUUCAUGACGCCCGUGCAGGUGGCCAUGGCUGUGAGCGAGGAGUCGCUAGCGCCCGAGGUGCCGGCCAGCCUCAACGAGGAAAUAAAGCUGGUGCUGCGGCUGGCCUGCCAGUUUGAGCCCGACCUACGCCCGGACUUCGCCGCGCUUGCGGACAUGCUGGGGGGAGCCAUUCGGCACAUGGAGGCGCAGCAGUCGCCUCGGCCCACGCUGCUGGCCUCUCUGCAGUCCAACCUGCUAGGCGGCUGGAGUGCGGCGUGGGGCUGGGGCACCGCCUACCCGAGGGUGCACGGCGGCAAGGCGGGUGUGGGGGCGGCGGGGGCAGGUAUCAAGCCCUCGGCGCACAAGCGCGGCGGCGUGCGCAUGCCGGGCGCGACCGAGGUGCUGGCGGAGCAUGGGAAGGUGCAGGGGCAGGUGGCAGGCGCGGGUGAGGGCGGCAGGGGGCAAGAGCGGGGGCCGUCGUAAUGGUAGUAGCAGGGGUGUAAAGCAGGGGGAAGGGGCAGGUGUGGGUGCGGGGUGCAAGGGUGGGGGCCAGGCGGGCAACAUGCCGCAAUGUCCGCGGUUUGCGCAUGUGAACGUGCAUCAGGGGGUCUUGCCUGAUGUUGUGCGGCUUGGCAAGGGGUGGCGGCUGUUGCGGUUGUGGCGGCGGAAGCGGCAUGCUUGCACGAGUGCAUAUGGGGAUACUGACAUGAAAGUGUGAUGCUACCAGGAGAGACGAGGAGCCCUUGCGGCUCGGUCAGUCCUGUCACGGGUUCAGGAAUGCACACUUCCAACCUUAUAACACAGCAUCUUACGGCAUUCCCGUUGUUCCCUCGCUCCGAACGACAAUGGAUGUCCUGUGGGCUGUGGCGCGUGGAUAGGGCGGACACGGGCUCUCUUGAAUCCUGUACAGAUUGGGUGAGGACGCAACGUCUGGUGCCGUUGAGAACAUGAGCUAGGGCUGCGGCUGCUGAGGGCGGCUGUAGGUAUGUACGGCGCUAAGGAUGUGGUGUGAACGGCUACGAGCGAGCCUACAACAGCGCGGGGGGGGGAGGUGAUGGCAAAAGUAGUGGUCACUGGGCUUGAAUUCUGUAGGGAAGCCCUUGGCUUACUUUUAGCCCGAACUGUUUACAUUUCGUCAACCUGGACCCGGGCAAAAUAGAUUACGGUAACAUU